UUUUAGAUAUGAUAUAUUGGAACAAUACAAAAUAUAUCGGAUACAAUGCUGUGCAUAAGUGAGAGGAUAUGUCUAUUAUCUCAGAAAAAAAAAACAAUGCCGCUUCUUCGUUGGUUGAACAGUUCUCCGAACAGCUUGAUGAUAAAGAGGAAGUGUCUUUAAUUGCUUUUCUUUCGGAACAGAACGCAGCGAAAGAAAUGAUGGACUUCUUAACAGUUAUCCUAAUGCUUCAAAAAUUAGACGACAAAAUGAGCAUUAACUGCAAUAACAUGUCGAGUGUUUCGUUGGUGAUGCCUUUACACCAUAAACCAAGCCGUCGUAUUUGGAUCCUUCUAAGCGAAGAUGAUCACCAAUUUUGAAUUAGGAUGUAUUGAAUAGCGGAAGGUCAUGGAGGAGGAUAUACAGGUGCCACAUGCUAGCGCUGUUACGAAUUGAACUUGCACUGCGCCGUAUUAUAAUGAAUUGUCUGGAAGAAAUACGAACUGUGAAAUGAAGAUUAUGUUGGAGGGAAGGAAAUUGGAGUAUGUGGAAGUUAGAUGAUAAUCAUUACAAAGAAAAUUGUUGUUGAUGAAAAUAAUCGAUAAGAAAAGUGAUGUGAUACGUCUAACAUUCGUUGGGUUCGGAAAUCUUGUUCAAUACAGGAUUAC